GUGAAGCAAAAUAAUUUUGGCUUUGUAAAGUAUAAGUGGUGUAUAUUAACUUAGUUGUUUCUUCUUUAGUAGUUUCAAAAAAUGGUAACAAUAAGUUUGACUUCUUCUGUUUUGCGAUUGUUCUUUGUGGCAAUGGAAAUAACCACCAAUGUCGUGUGUUUGUGUGUGUGUGUGUGUUUGUGUGUGUGUGUGUGUGUGUGUGUGUAUGGUACAGGCUCGAAGUGCUCUCCCCUGCCAACACUGGAGCAUGGUAGUUACAGCUGUACCAGUGAGGUGGACCGUCAUGAGACGUGUGUGAUGAAGUGUAAGCCUGGCUACAUGGUGCCGAUAACACAGCGGUCACGUGACAAGGUAAGGAACCCGAUCACCUUCAGCUUGGCACCACAGAUCGUCGCAUCAAAAUUAAUCUUUGAUGAAGUAACGGGGGGAGGGGGCUGGUGUAUUGCACUGUGAAACUGCAGCGCCCCCACCCUCCCAGCGCCCCCACCCUCCCAGCGCCCCCACCCUCCCACUGUUUUCACUAUUAAAAAAAAUUAAUAACACAUUGUCAUGAUCUUUUUUUUCCCUUUCUUUCUUUAAUGCUUGUACGUAGUAUUUAAUACAUGAUGACCAUGAUAAAUCAUUCAUAACGUCACGGGUCAUCAUUUUUAAUCUUAUUUGUGGAAAAAGCUAAAAUAUUCUUGCAUGGGACUGUGCACGUCAAAGUUCCUUGUGAUGUGGGGUGUUGGUUUGUACCACGCGCACAUGCCAUGGGGUAGAAGUGAUGUAGUCGUCAGUAGAGAGAAGCACUGUCGCUCACGCAGUUCCAAUCUUUUUUGCCUGCGUGGGAGACCGUGUCUAUUUUGUGCAGUGUGUCGCCUCUGUCGUGUGUCACACUUACAGCAUAGAAAUGAGAUCAACUUUAGACGAUUUUUGUAACAUUCUAUUCCAAAUACGCGUACAUACAUAUAUACCUACAUGAUAAAUAUCUUUAUGGUUUUCGUUUUGCACAUUAUAAAAAAAAUAAUUUUCUGAAGCAGUACCCCCCACCCCACCCCCACCCCUUAAUAUAAGUGACGAGCCGAAUUUGGAAAUUAAAUUAAAAUAAUGGAUCAUUUAAACAACGAUAAAAGACACUAAUCAUUGUUCUUAAGUCAUGCAAUACAACGAAUAUAGAUACAUAUUUGGAAAUUUAUUUAACAAGAAAAUGUGUUUGUAGGUGUUUAAAUUAAUACUUUUGAAUGUGUUAAAUAUCCAUGUAAUUUAACUGUUUUCCAGAAGCGUUUACACAUUAAGAGCAGAGGCGUGUACCAGUGUUUAGAACAACCCGGGGGACGAGCCUGGGAGCCCACUCAGUUUUUUGAUUGUGUUGGUAUGUCUUAUAGAUACAUUGGUUUUAUCUCAUACAGUUGUGUCCUAUAGAUGAGAGUAGUUCUGUCACAUACAGAUAUCAGGAACGUCACAGUUAUGUCCUAGAUGAGAGUAGUUAUUUCACAUACAGAUAUCUGAAAGCUUGUUGUAGAUUAGAAUAGUUUGAUGCCAUUUAGAUAUGUCAUUGUUAAAACACAAGGUUGUAACACCUUGACAAGUCAUUCUAUAACACAGGCAUGUAGUAGCAUAUUCAAAGGCCAUUUUUCUGUUUAUUGUAUUUAAAUUAAGUACCGAUUCGAUUUUAGGAUAUCUAGGACGAUAUUUACCGACUGAUCUCCCCUCUUAAGUCACGAAUGGUUUGACAAUGGACACUGUCACACACACAGCAGUAAAAGAAGCAUGUGACACUUUUCUGGCAAUGUACACUGUCACACACAGCAGUAAAAGAAGCAUGUGACACUUUUCUGGCAAUGUACACUGUCACACACAGCAGUAAAAGCAUGUAACACUUUUCUGGCAAUGUACACUGUCACACACAGCAGUAAAAGAAGCAUGUGACAGUUUUCUGGCAAUGGACACUCACAUACAGCAUUAAAAGCAUGCACCAUUCCUGAACCAUAUGUAUUAAAAAGAAGAAAAUUUACAGCCAAUCAUUAAUCACAUUCUAGGUCAUUCUUACAUUAUAAACACCCAAUCAUUUCUUCCUUGCUAGAGGCAUGGUAUCCAAUUGACAUCAACUACUACUAUGCCCUAACCUUGAUCCCGGCGGUACCUUGCACUCCAGAUGGCGACACAAGUUACUACGAAGAUUUGAUCAGGCGGAAGUUUCAGGGUCCAAAGUUCGUCGAUCGUUGUGACAAGUCAAAAUGUGGCCUCAACCUGACGGUGACAUGUGUGAAGCAAAGAUAUGAGGUUAGCCAUUCCAUUGCUGGAACAUUUUCCCAACGUAUGGGAGAUUAACGAUUCAGCAACACAUGAUGAGAGAUAAGCGAAUUCAUUUUCCUAGCAUCAUCUCACUACAUACAUAAGUCUUAGUGUUUCCCCAAAGUGGUUGGUCUCAGGAUCGGUCCACGAGCCUUUGCCAGUCCACACUAAAAUUGAAGAAAAAAAAUUGUUUGCCUUUUUUGAGUCUCGUUUCAAAUUUACUUUUUAAAAAAAUGAGAUUGUCUUGUGGGUAAACAUGAGAUCUGACAUUUCAAAGGCUAACAAUAAGAUUGUCUUGUGGGUAAACAUGAGAUCUGACAUUUCAAAGGCUAACAAUGAGAUUGUCUUGUGGGUAAACAUGAGAUCUAACAUUUCAAAGACUAGCGAUGAGAUCGUCUUGUGGGUAAACUUAAGAUCUGACAUUUCAAAGACUAACGAUGAGAUUGUCUUGUGGGUAAACAUGAGAUCUGACAUUUCAAAGGCUAACAGUAAGAUUAUCUUGUAGGUAAACAUGAGAUCUAACAUUCCAAAGGCUAACGAUGAGAUUGUCUUGUAGGUAAACAUGAGAUCUGACAUUUCAAAGGCUAACAGUAAGAUUAUCUUGUAGGUAAACAUGAGAUCUAACAUUCCAAAGGCUAACGAUGAGAUUGUCUUGUAGGUAAACAUGAUAUCUGACAUUUCAAAGGCAAACGAUGAGAUUAUCUUGUAGGUAAACAUGAGAUCUGACAUUUCAAAGGCUAACAGUGAGAUUAUCUUGUAGGUAAACAUGAGAUCUAACAUUCCAAAGGCUAACGAUGAGAUUGUCUUGUAGGUAAACAUGAUAUCUGACAUUUCAAAGGCAAACGAUGAGAUUGUCUUGUAGGUAAACAUGAGAUCUGACAUUUCAAAGGCUAACGAUUGUUUUCUUUUUAAAAAACACCCGUCCAUCCCUGUGGCGCCACAUUCCGUGUAGGGCUUUGGCUUGGCCCACCACUUCAUUUCAAUCAAACCUUAUGCUUUUCUUUGCCACGCUUGGCUUCCCAGUUGCUGUGGAUCUGUUCCCACAUCAUCUAUCCAUCUUAGCCUAGGUUUGCAUUGCACCCUUUCUCUUCGGGGCUUUCGAUGGUACAUCCUUUUCACUCCUCUGCCAUUUUACAUUUUUUUUUCCAAGUGUCAUGCCCAGCGUUUCCUGCCUUAAAAAAAAAAUUAAAAAUUCUGCUACUAUUGUUGGAUUCUGAUAAGAGUCCAUUUUAUUUGUGGUUUCUCGCACUUAAAUGUUGGACCAUACAUUUUCUGGAUAACUUUCUCUCUCAUAGAAAUAUUCUGCUGGUUUCGCUAAUUAAAAAUAUGUCCAAAGAAAAAAAGAUUCUAAUUAUGAAAAGCGUAUAGACUUACCGGCUAGCUGUAAAAGAGGAUACUUAAGAAUCCUGUAGAGUAGGCUGUCAACAGAUUAAAAAAAAAAUGUUAGGAGGUAUUUGUUAAAUACAAUAUAGAAAUGAUUAAUACAUUUGUUAGAUGGACUUGGUGCACCUGGAAAAAUAUCCACUGGUCCAUGGUGCACCUGAAAACAUGCCCACUGAUCAAUGGUGCACCUGGAAACAUGUCCACUGACCAAUGGUGCACCUUGAAACACGUCCACUGAUCAAUGGUGCACCUUGAAACAUGUCAACUGGUCCAUGGUGCACCUGGAAAUAUAUCCACUAGUCUGCUAAACGUAACAGUUUGGGAAGCAAUCGUCUGCAUAAUAUGUCAGAGGUAAUGCCGUCGAGAAGUACGACAGACAUACCAUCUCGAUGGACCGAUGUACGACAAACACACCAAUCCAGAUUGGUUUAUGCACGACAUACGUACCAUCGAGAUGGUCGGUUUCAUCGAGAUGGUCGGUUUCAUCGAGAUGGUCGGUUUCAUCGAGAUGGUCGGUUUCAUCGAGAUGGUCGGUUUCUCCGAAAGGCAAGGCAAACAACUGAUUGAACGUUAAGAAGUACACAAAAAAGGACGUAGCUCCCUUGUUCGGUCGAGACAAAAUGGCGUUCAAGUUAGUGCUGUACAAUUGCAAAUGUUUUGUAUUUAGUAUAUAAACAAAAUGCAUUGCAAGAACUAAAGCUGUAGUUACAAAACUUAGCUCUCUAAAGGUUUAUUCAAAUCUCUUUCAUAAAGAUUGGCAGAUUUAUUAUGUGAGUAGGCCUGUAAAUUAUUUUGUAAAAACUGGAGAGUUUCCUGGGCCGAUACCUAUGAUUAGUUAGAUGGGACUUUAAUGGAAUCCUUAUACUUUCGAUACUAUUUGAAGCAUUAAAGGUUUAUAACGAUUGAAUGAUUCAAUUUGUCCACAGCAAGAUUUCAUCAUCGAUUCUAUUUGUCCGCAGCAAUAUUUCAUCAUAUCGAUUCUAUUUAUUGUCAAAAGCAAGAUUUCAUCAUAUCGAUUUUAUAUGUCCACAAGAAAAUUUCAUCAUUUCAAUUCCAUUUAACCCAAUGCAUAUUUCAUCACAUCGAUUCCAUUUGUCCUCAGGUAGAUUUUAUCAUAUCGAUUUCUUUUUCUAUCGAAAACGUCGACAACCAUUUUGAUGGCAUGCGAGAUAUUUUAGAAGAGUAAGGUCAUUAUUUUAUGUUUUAGAAGAGUAAGGUCAUUAUUUUAUAUUUUAAAAGAGUAAGGUAAUUAUUUUAUGUUUUAGAAGAGUAAGGUCAUUAUUUUAUAUUUUAAAAGAGUAAGGUCAUUAUUUUAUGUUUUAGAAGAGUAAGGUCAUUAUUUUAUAUUUUAAAAGAGUAAGGUCAUUAUUUUAUGUUUUAGAAGAGUAAGGUCAUUAUUUUAUAUUUUAAAAGAGUAAGGUCAUUAUUUUAUGUUUUAGAAGAGUAAGGUCAUUAUUUUAUAUUUUAAAAGAGUAAAUUUAUUCUUCCAUAGUAUUUUAAAACAAACUUUUUAAUCAAUCUAAAUGAAAUAAGAACUGAGACAAUUUAAAAGCAUUGGCGCGUGAUUGGUUAGAUACGUGAUUGGUUAGAUACGUGAUUGGUUAGAUACGUGAUUGGUUAGAUACGUGAUUGGUUAGAUACGUGAUUGGUUAGAUACGUGAUUGGUUAGAUACGUGAUUGGUUAGAUACGUGAUUGGUUAGAUACGUGAUUGGUUAGAUACGUGAUUGGUUAGAUACGUGAUUGGUUAGAUACGUGAUUGGUUAGAUACGUGAUUGGUUAGAUACGUGAUUGGUUAGAUACGUGAUUGGUUAGAUACGUGAUUGGUUAGAUACGUGAUUGGUUAGAUACGUGAUUAGUUAGAUACGUGAUUGGUUAGAUACGUGAUUGGUUAGAUACGUGAUUGGUUAGAUACGUGAUUGGUUAGAUACGUGAUUGUUAGAUAUGUUAUUGUGACUGGCUAAUACAGAGGUGGGCAAAUCGUGGCUCGCGAGCCACAUGCGGCUCUUUAAAGACCUGAAUACGGCUCGGCCAGUCGGCCAAAAAUUGGUUUUGACUCCGAAUAAACAUGGUUCUUGACAGGUUCUUGAAAAGAAAUUUGACUCUCAAAAAUUUUUAAUUGUCCUGCUGCUGAUUUUUUGUUCUUUUGACAAAUGAGUUUGCCAACCACUGGGUUAAUACAUGAUUGAUUAGAUACAAGAUAUGUUAAGUACGUGAUUGCCUGGAUACGUGAUUAGCUAGGUACGUGAUUAGCUAAGUACGUGAUUGGUUAUUUAUGUCAUUGGUUAGGUACGAGCAUCAUUUUUAGUACGUGAUUGGUUAAGUACGUGAUUGGUUAAGUACAUAAUUGGUUAAGUAAGUGAUUGGUUAAGUACGUGAUUGGUUAAGUACAUGAUUGGUUAAGUACGUGAUUGGUUAAGUAAGUGAUUGGUUAAGAACGUGAUUGGUUAAGUACGUGAUUGAUUAAGUACAUGAUUGGUUAAGUACAUGAUUGGUUAAGUUAUUGAUUGGUUAAGUACAUAAUUGGUUAAGUAAGUGAUUGGUUAAGUAAGUGAUUGGUUAAGUAAGUGAUUGGUUAAGAACGUGAUUGGUUAAGUACGUGAUUGGUUAAGUACGUGAUUGGUUAAGUAAGUGAUUGGUUAAGUACGUGAUUGGUUAAGUACGUGAUUGGUUAAGUACGUGAUUGGUUAAGUACGUGAUUGGUUAAGUACAUAAUUGGUUAAGUAAGUGAUUGGUUAAGUACGUGAUUGGUUAAGUAAGUGAUUGGUUAAGAACGUGAUUGGUUAAGUACGUGAUUGAUUAAGUACAUGAUUGGUUAAGUACAUGAUUGGUUAAGUUAUUGAUUGGUUAAGUACAUAAUUGGUUAAGUAAGUGAUUGGUUAAGUAAGUGAUUGGUUAAGUAAGUGAUUGGUUAAGAACGUGAUUGGUUAAGUACGUGAUUGAUUAAGUACAUGAUUGGUUAAGUACAUGAUUGGUUAAGUUAUUGAUUGGUUAAGAACGUGAUUGGUUAAGUUAUUGAUUGGUUAAGUACAUGAUUGGUUAAGUUAUUGAUUGGUUAAGAACGUGAUUGGUUAAGUACGUGAUUGCAAAAGUACGUGAUUGGUUAAGUACGUCAUUGCAAAAUUACGUGAUUGGUUAAGUACGUGAUUGGUUAAGUACUUGAUUGGUUAAGUACGUGAUUAGUUAAGUACGUGAUUGAUUAAGUACUUGAUUGUUUAAGUACGUGAUUGGUUAAGUACGUGAUUGCAAAAGUACGUGAUUUGUUAAAUACGUGAUUGGUUAAAUACGUGAAUGAUUAAGUGCGUGAUUGAUUAAGUACGUGAUUGGUUAAGUACGUGAUUGGUUAAGUACUUGAUUGGUUAAGUACGUGAUUGGUUAAGUACUUGAUUGGUUAAGUACGUGAUUGGUUAAGUACUUGAUUGGUUAAGUACGUGAUUGGUUAAGUACGUGAUUGAUAAAGUACGUGAUUGGUUAAGUACGUAAUUGAUUAAGUACGUGAUUGGUUAAGUACUUGAUUGGUUAAGUACGUGAUUGGUUAAGUACUUGAUUGGUUAAGUACGUGAUUGGUUAAGUACUUGAUUGGUUAAGUACGUGAUUGGUUAAGUACGUGAUUGCAAAAGUACGUGAUUGGUUAAGUACGUGAUUGGUUAAGUACGUGAUUGGUUAAGUGCGUGAUUGGUUAAGUACUUGAUUGGUUAAGUACGUGAUUGGUUAAGUACUUGAUUGGUUAAGUACGUGAUUGGUUAAGUACUUGAUUGGUUAAGUACGUGAUUGGUUAAGUACGUGAUUGAUAAAGUACGUGAUUGGUUAAGUACGUAAUUGAUUAAGUACGUGAUUGCAAAAGUACGUGAUUGGUUAAGUACGUGAUUGGUUAAGUACUUGAUUGGUUAAGUGCGUGAUUGGUUAAGUACGUGAUUGGUUAAGUACGUGAUGAUUGGUUAAUUUCGUGAUUGGUUAAGUACGUGAUUGACUAAGAACUUGAUUGGUUAAGUGCGUGAUUGGUUAAGUUCGCGAUUGGUUAAGUACGUGGUUAGGCUGCUCGACAAGGACAUUCACCCAAAUACAUAGCUUCAAACAAACCAGGAGCAUAUUGAUUACAGAUGCGAUCGUCAUGGGACUCAAAUAUAUCGAUUGAGAUACUAAUCAGAUGUUGAACAUCUAAUCUUAUAGAAACUUGCAUGUUCACUUCAAGAGGGGCUUCACAGAAAAAAUUAGAUUCAGUGACAACACGACGUACAUUAGAUGUCCUCAGGGGUCAGUCCUGGAGUAUGACCUGACGUGUCGUAAGUCCGUAUGACCUACCGUGUCGUUAAUAUGUAUGACCUUAUGUGUGUUAAGUCUGUAUGGCCUGAUGUGUCGUUAGUCUGCAUGACUUUGAACAAUUACGUUUAUCUUAUAGCGUCUGGUACACAAAGCCCUUGUUGGGCCUCUGCUAGCUUUGUAUCGUUAAUGAUAUGAUGUUGUACCGCUGACUCUAGUAUUUAAAUUUCAAUUAAUGUCUACCCAUCUAUUCCUGUCUACACCUAGGUGGCUGCUCCAAGGGCCAUUUCCUGGACGGGGCUGACAUGGAGUGUUCUCCUUGCCCCACGGGUUUUUACCAGGACGAGACUCACCAGAUCAAGUGUAAACAAUGCCCCCCAGGGGCGCCAGAUGACCAGAUGGGACUUAAAAGUAUCUCCGAAUGUUUCCAUGUUGAGUCUUGUAAGUACAUAUUGUUUCCAUGUAGACUCUUUUAAGUACAUAUUGUUUCUAUGUAGAUUCUUGAGAGUACAUAUUGUUUCCAUGUAGACUCUUUUAAGUACAUAUUGUUUCUAUGUAGAUUCUUGAGAGUACAUAUUGUUUCCAUGUAGUUUGGUAAGUACGCAGUGUUUCCAUAUAGAGCAGGGGUCCACAAAUUACGGCUCGUGGUCCUGAUUUGGCCCACUGGGGGUCCUUAACCCGGCCCGCUUGUUCGCCGUACUUGUACAACCGUGUAGUACUGGCGCAUAUGGAAAUGGAGAUUGACCAUCUCAUUAGCCAAAAGCAGGCCCGUACUUCCCACAGAAAUACUAAUAAUUUGAUUUUUAAAAUUGUCCUUCAUCUAUAAUUGUGUUGUUUUCUGAUGUUUUUUCUUGUUUGUUUUUUUCCCUACAUUUAAGAUACAUGAAGUGUGCAAAGGAUAAUGUUACCACUGGUGUGUUGUAUAACACCACUCCUGUCACCGAUAAUGUUACCCCUGAUGUGUUGUAUUACGUCACUCCGGCACUCCUGUCACCGAUAAUGUUACCACUGGAGUGUUGUAUUACGUCACUCCGGCACUCCUGUUACCAAUAAUAUUACCACUGGUGUGUUGUAUUACGUCACUCCGGCACUCCUAUCCCCGAUAAUGUUACCCCUGGUGUGUUGUAUUACGUCACUCCGGCACGCCUGUCACCGAGAAUGUUACCACUGGUGUGUUGUAUUACGUCACUCCGGCACUCCUGUUACCAAUAAUGUUACCACUGGUAUGUAUGGUGUCCCCAGUUGUUAAGAGAACAAGCAUCGUCACAGUCCUUGCUGCCCUUGCUUCUGUGGUCAUUGUGGCUGCCAUCACCAUUUCAUAUAGAAGGUAAUGUCUGAUCUAUAGGAACGUUUAUCAUAUCAUUAUCUCCACAUGAUAUUAUUCACACGGUUAAGCAAGACCAAGUGGAAAGCAUGCGCUCACUCAAUAAUCACAGGUUUGAAUGCGAUCGUUAUGCUUCCUAGAUUUGUGUCUCGAAACAUAUAUGAUACUACAUUCAUAUCUGAUAUAUUCCUGGACGUUUUAAUAAUAACCGAUUACUGGGCAUUGUUAUAUUGUGUAUGUGAUAUAAUCUUGGACAUUUAUAUGUUAUAUAUUACAUGUCAUUUUAUAUGCAAUUUACAGAUCAACAUUUAUAUUUGACAUAUUACUGGAAAUGUAUAUGUUACACUCUAUAUUUUUUAAAAUAAUUAUAUGGCAACUGGAUACAAUGCUGGACAAUUAUUUAUAGAAUACAACUGGUCAUUUAUCUAGAGUACUUGAAAUGUGUACAUUUAUGUACUAUUUUAAUGGACAUUUAUAUGUGACAUUAUAUUUGACAUUUAUGCCACAUAUUGAUGGACAUUUUUAGCCAAGUUCGCAACGAACCAGACGGCAAAUCUCCCGAAUACUAUCCUGAGAACAUUCGAGAAGCUAUGCAGGUAAGCAUGACCUUUCAGCUUCACCUAUGUUCAUUAUGUCCCCUUCAGCUUUCUGCACUUCCCGUUUAUUCACUAUCCCUUCUUUCACCUUCACCUUUCAACAUCAUUGAUAACUUCACCUUUCACCUUUCUCUAUCUACACAACUUCCUCUAUAUUCACAACUUCACCUUUUGGGUGGUUCGCCUAGGUGUCACUUUUUCUUUCUAUGGAGUGGCAGCAUAUUCGGACAGCUGCACAGUUAGUGUCGUGAAAGGGAACGUGGUUAAAAUAUGUGCGCGCCCAGGAAGGCACCAACACUAGCUACGUCACAAGGCCACGUAUCUAUCGGCACCAAAACUGAUGACCAGGGUUAUCUAAACUGUCAUUUUUAUCGGGAAAUGGUGUGGAAAUCGAUGGCGCUGCUGACGAUCAAGCGGAAAAGGUGAUAUCGGGGCCAAUCCCCAGAAAAUAUUUGAUUAUUUCAAAAUCAAGUGGUGCCUUUAGGAGUAAACCUGAAUUCAGGGUUUCCAUUAGACUAUUUGAUUGUUGGGGGGGGGGGAAGAUUUUCAAGCGGUCCGAGGAGGCAUUAUAGCGCCCAGUGCAAUUCAUGAAAUGAAGUCACUCCAAAAUUUCCCCCUCCCCAGGUUAUCAUUUUGGCGCAAGCUUAGACUCAAAUCCACAACGUCACAUUCGUCGGCACGGGGGCUGGAGGAGAGAGUAGAAAUUUAAGAGUUUUCAACAAAAGCAGGGUCCCCUUAGAACAUUUUUGAUGAAUUUAAAAUGCAGGGAUGUAUUUUGGCACAUACUUGAAUUCGGUGUUUAUUUCAGAUAUUUUGAGUUAUUAAAGUCUUUAAACUUGUGAAGCUGCAAAGAUUUUUUUUUAAAAAUACCUAUAUUAUGUGAAAAACUGGAAAUAAGAUUUCGGCUUAUAAAAUGAGCGGCAAAAUCGGUAACAGUACGACAUUUAUAAUCGAUUAUUGAAAGUCUCUAAAAAGAUUGACCUUAAAUGUAGGGGGCAUAAUAUAUAUCUAGCGUAGAGAUGUUUCAUCGGUCCCACUAAUUGUAAUCGAUUUAAGGAACCAGUUCCUUUUUAGUGUAAUACACAUUUUGCUCCUGCAGUUGACUUUCUUCAGUACGCUUGAAAAGGGGGGGGGGCCUGAAAGAAACAUUGUAGUAACACUAGAAAAUGUUUCUUUUUUAUCCAUGACUGUUCAUUGGUCAAUUUCUAUCAAUUACUUACCCCAUUGUCAUCUAAUAAAUGACCAAAUACACAAAUCAAAAGUUAGAUAACGACUGAUCGUCAACUUACUUCAUUUAAUUUUUGUGAUGUCACUGACGUGAGACGCUUGAAACACAACACAACGCUUUAUUUAGUCUAAGAAUACAUUUCCUUGUCAUAUAUAAACAUGACUGAUGUAGCCUGCAUUAGGUUCAGGACGUAGCUGACAUUUUGUAACGCUUAGUUACGACCGUCACUGAGCUUUCCUUUACGUUAAUGUAAUGGGACGUCCUUAUGUCAUUAUUUUCCCGAAUUUCACAUGAUCUUCAUAAAGUGUCCGAUAGAUCUAACGCUUUCUGUUCUCCAAAAAGUAUCAGAAAUGAAGCUUCAGUACGCCUGUAGUAAGUUGUCAUUUAAUCCUCCAGAAUCUCAUCAGUAAACCUGUGACCAUGGUUCCUGAGGUGGGCACGGAAGUGAGGAGGACCAUACAGACGACUCACUCUGGCAGCGGGGACACUGGCUCCAGUGAUAACGCCAAGCCUCCCUCCAACUUUGACUACAACAAAAAAGAAGUGUAAGUCAGUUACAGUAGCCAUCGAAAUGUGACAGACCCCAUCAUUAAGUGACAGAACCCAUCAAUAAGUGACAUACCCCUCAUUAAGUGACAGAAACCAUCAAUAAGUGACAGAACCCAUCAGUGAGUUAAAGAACCCAUCAUUAAGUGACAGAACCCAUCAUUAAGUGACAUAACCCAUCAAUAAGUGACAUAACCCAUCAUUAAGUGACAGAACCAUCAAUAAGUGACAGAACCCAUCAUUGAGUGACAGAACCAAUCAAUAAGUGACAGACCCAUCAUUAAGUGACAUAACCCAGCAGUGAGUUAAAGAACCCAUCAUUAAGCGAGAGACCCCAUCAUUAAGUGACAGAACCCAUCAAUAAGUGACAGAACCCAUCAUUAAGUGACAGAACCCAUCAAUAAGUGACAUAACCCAUCAUUAAGUGACAGACCCAUCAUUAAGUGACAUAACCCAUCAGUCUGUUAAAGAAUCCAUCAUUAAGCGACAUAACCCAUCAAUAAGUGACAUAACCCAUCAUUAAGUGACAGACCCAUCAUUAAGUGACAUAACCCAUCAGUCUGUUAAAGAAUCCAUCAUUAAGCGACAGACCCCAUCAUUAAGUGACAGAACACAUCAAUAAGUGACAGAACCCAUCAUUAAGUGACAGACCCCAUCAUUAGGUGACAGAACCCAUCAGUGAGUAAAAGAACCCAUCAAUAAGUGACAGGACCCAUCAUUAAGUGACAGAACCCAUUAAUAGGGUUCAGAAGUCAUCAAUUGGUGACAGAAGUCAUCAAAUCUAGAAUUUAAAAAAAAUUAUCGUUGUGCCAUUGUAAAAGACAAGAUUGUUAUAGAAUUUCUCACAUGUUUAACAACCUUUUACUGCAUGUCACAAGCUAUACUGUCUACUACAUGUCCCUAUCUGUACUGUCUACUUCAUGUCACAAUCUUCUCUGUCUACUUCAUGUCCCAAGCUAUAAUGUCUACUUCUUGUCCCAAACUAUAAUGUCUACUUCAUGUCCCAAACUAUAAUCUCUACUUCAUGUCCCAAACUAUAAUGUCUAAUUCAUGUCCCAAACUAUAAUGUCUACUUCAUGUCCCAGUCUGUACUGUUGACUACAUGCAACAAUUUUAAUGUUUGACAAUCUAUCGUCCAGCUCGUUCGCCCAGUCCGCUAUCCAACACAAAAAGCUUCGAGCAUCUCGGAUGUCCCUAGCGGGCCUGGCCGUUGCCCGCCUUGCAGGCGCUGUAGAGUCUGCACCCAAAAAGCCGCUACCGAAGAAAUCCCUCCUAAGUGGUCAGGUGCCUGAAAGCCCUGUCGUCUGGGAACAUAUUCACAGAAAGUCAAGUGCGCGGUCGAGUGGUCCAACACGGUACGACCCCGAUGACUCUGAUGAGUCCGAGCCAAACUAUAAAUCCACCACGGCCAAACGGAUCUCAGAUGCACUUCGGCUCAAGCGAAAGUCGACCAUGAAAGGUCCUCCGCUGAUGAAUCUCCUGGCCGUCAAAACAAAAGAACUUCGCAAGCAAGUAUCAGAAGGCACGUAUAGGCCGUCUGAAUCAACGAUCAGUAAAAUGUCUGACGCAGAGCGAGUGUUCAGAACGGAGACUCACGUAGACAGCGGCAGGUCAUACGGGAUGUUUGUGGACAGGGACAAUGUACCAGGCAGCAUACUCUCGCUGACCAGACAAGCCAGUACUGCCCAGCGGGUCAAGCGACCAGAAGAGGACGCCGGUGCGUGGGACUGGAAAAUAACCGGCCCUAAGACCAGCCCUAAGACUAGCCCGAAGAUAAGCCCGAAGCUAAGCCCGAAAUUAACGCCAAUACCUUCCCCAAAAACUAGUCCCAAAAACUAGUCCAAAAUGCUAGUCCCACUAAACCAGCCCCAAAAAAUUAGUCCCAAAUCUUGGCUAAUUUUUUUUUUUUACUGAUUUAGUGUGGGAAUUAAAUAUUUGCAUAUCAAAAUCGGGUUCUGAAGUCAUAAUUAUGAUGAGAGGCAGGCUACUUAGAAUAAAGCGGUAUGGAUUCUGACCACGAACUGAUCACUACAUGAGCCGUGAGAAACUAUGUGAUAAAAAAUAUCUAAUUGGUUAGGGGUUAUAGACUCACGAAACGCUGCUUAGCGAGAUCCACAUUGACUGGCACGGGCCAACCGUUGAUCACUGCGUGGUGUAGAGAGUGGGUUUCGGAAACAGACUAAGGAUAAGAAGGC